UAAUCUACUCCUUUGUUUACCAUUCUUUAUUCACCAUUUCCAAACUCGUACCAUUUAUUCUUUCUUGCUAUCUCUCUUUCCUAAGUUUUUCUAUCCCUUCAAAUCUGAUAAAUUAUGGAAGUCGCAGGAACAGCUUUGUCUGCUAUCCAAACUAUUCUUUCUGCAUUGCAAUCUCCUCAUCUUAAAAAAAUCAUUUCAAUCUAUGGCUAUGAAUCCAAACUUGAUGAACUCCAAAGCACCGUCAACGUCAUCAACAAGUCGCUUCGCAAAGCCCAGUCCGCGCAGGAGCUCCCAGAUGAUGUCCAAGGAUGGAUCGAGGAACUUAAGGAUGUUGUUUUUGAAGCAGAGGAUUUGCUCGAUGAGUUUGUCACUCUCGCCGAGCAGAACAAGCACUUGAAGGCUGACGGUACAAUAUCCAAGAAGAUGAAGCGCUUCCUUUCUCGUUCUAACCCUUUUCUUGUUGCUUUGAAGAUGUCUAAAGGGGUGGACAAGAUUCGGAAGAAGUUGCAUGCUUUUACUUACAACAAGCAGUUUAUGAUGGAGUUUAAUGAUGAGCCUAUCAAGUAUAGAAAGCCUGAGACUUGUUCGUAUGUGGAUGUUGCUGAAAUCAUUGGAAGAGAAGGCGACUUGGAGCAUAUUGUUGGUAGGUUGCUUGAUUCUGAUGUUCAAACUGAUGUUUCUUUCCUGUCUAUUGUGGGUAUGGGAGGAUUAGGCAAGACUGCUCUUGCACAGCUUGUGUACAGUGAUAAAAGAGUUGAAAGUGCAUUUAAUUUGAGACUGUGGCAUUGUGUCUCUGAUCAAGAUCAUAAACAGUUGAACAUUACUGGGAUUCUCGGAGCAAUUUUAGCUUUAUGUCCAAAUGAGAAAUGUACAGAUCAAUCCUCCUUGCAGAUUGUGCAAAGUCAACUUCAAAAGAAAUUAUCAGAUAAGAAAUACUUGCUUGUUUUAGAUGAUGUGUGGACUGAAAAUCGCAAUCAAUGGAUUGAACUAGUAAGUCUGUUGAAAGUAGGUCAAAAGGGGAGUUGGAUUGUGGUGACUACACGUUCACAAGUGACAGCAAACUUCAUGGGAUAUGAUUCAAUGUACCAGCUUCAAGGCUUGAAAAAGGAAGAUUCAUGGAGCUUGUUUGAGAAGGUAGCUUUUAGUUCAGAGCAGUGGAAUCAUCAUGAUGACUUGGUCGAAAUCGGGCAAAAGAUUGUUGAAGCAUGUGGUGGAGUUCCUCUUGCCAUAAGAGUGGCAGGAAGUCUUGUAUAUGGCGAAGACAAGAAGAAGUGGGAAGAAGUCCAGGAAAUCGGUGUGGCCAACAUGGGCAAUAAUGAUAUCACACAAAUAUUGAAGCUAAGUUAUCAUCAUCUUCCAUUCUCAUUGAAAAAUUGUUUUAGUUUUUGUGCCAUUUUUCCGAAGGAUUAUAGAAUGGAAAAGAACACAUUGAUAAACCUUUGGAUAGCACACAACUAUAUUGUUCCAUCACACAAAGGUCAGAGCAUUGAAGAUGCAGGUGAAGAACAUUUUCUAAUAUUGUUGAGAAGGUGUUUCUUCCAAGAUAUAAAAAAAGAUGUUGAUACAAGUGAGGUAGAUUCGAUUAAGAUUCACGAUCUUUUGCAUGACAUUGCUCAAGAUGUCUCGAGGAAGGAGAUUUUUGCAGGAACUAGUAAAAGUGACGACCUACAUAAAAAUAUUCGCCAUCUCUCACUAUUCAACAAGGACAAAAGAUAUGAAAUUUCUUGUUUGGAUAUACCGCGUUUACGUUCGUAUCUUGAUUAUUGGUAUUUUAGGUAUGUGGAUAAUAUUGAUGCGGAGAAAUUAAUGAAAAGUUGUAGGAACUUAAGGGCAUUAAGAUUAGAAAUUAAAGAUUAUUCAAUUUUAAAUUACGUAGGUGAAUUAUUGCAUCUACGAUAUUUAGAUCUCUCAUCAAACCACUCAUUAGUAGUGCUCCCUAAAUCAAUAACAAAAUUAUGUAAUCUAGAAAUAUUAAUUUUAUAUGGUUGUCGCAAUUUAAUAGAGUUACCGAAAGAUUUGAGUAGGUUGAUCAAACUUAGGGUGUUAGAUAUUUCAAAUUGUUUUAAGUUGAAGUAUAUGCCCAAGGGUAUAUGGAUAAGUUGACAUGUCUUUAUAGACUGAGUGAUUUUAUAGUGGGUGGUAAGGAUAGUUAUUCAAGUUGGUCAGAAUGGUUUUUAGGAUUAGAAGAGUUGAAAGAUCUUAAAAACCUUCAUGGUCGACUUAGAAUUAAAAUAAAGUUGCCUAAAAAUAUAAGUCAAGAUCAAAUCUGGGAGGGGAAAAGAUUUUAUUUGAGGGAUAAAAAACAUCUCAAUCACAUUCAUAUUGAUUUUUAUUUUAAUGAUGUGGGAGCAAUGAAAUUGAUAGAAGAUCUGCACCCACCUUCUAGUCUUCGCUUUUUUGAGAUGCGGUAUUGUAUUGGUAAGCAAAUGCCAGAGUGGAUAUCCCAUCUUCCAAACCUUGUAAAUCUUGUUCUUUAUCAUUGUUACAAGUUGGAGUACCUUGAAUGCUUUGGAAAUGUAGAAGAAAGGUCAAUCCUCCCUUCUCUUCAAAAACUUAAGUUACAAUUACUACCAAAGUUGAAAGGAUGGAGGAGAGGAGGGGUUGGGGUGGAAGAUAACAACAACUCCUUAUUAUGUCUUCCUUCUUUGAAGGAAUUACAUAUAGAUGAUUGCGAGGAGCUGACGUGUUUUCCGGUGUGUCCUAGAUUGGAGGAAUUGUUUUUAAGCAGAUUCAAUACAAGAUUGAAUGGGAUAAUGACAAGAACAGAAAGAGAUGAUGAAGAAUCAAGAGAAGUCAUUGUUUUGGAAUCCUCAAAAUUAAGAAAAGUGAAAAUUAAUGAUGUGGCAUGGCUGAAUUCACUACCUAUUCAGGCUCUUCAACGUCUUGAAACCUUAACAAUAUUUUGGGAUGAGAAAGUGGAGAAUUUGGGAGAAGUUAAGAAGGUGUUCCGUGCUUGCUCUUCUUCUCUUCGAAUUCUGGAGAUUGAACAUUGCCGCAAUUUAAGGAGUAUAGUGGCUGGAGAAUUGGAACAUCUCUCUGCUUUGGAGACAUUAUCUAUAUCAUCGUGUGUAAAUCUGAAAUUCUCGAAAGAAAAAGAAGAAAAUGACGGUGUUGGAUACAAUCCAUCCAUUCUUCCCUCUCUUCUCACCUUGUCGUUGAAUGAACUCAAAAAGAUGGAGCAUCUGCCAAACUGGAUGCAAUUCUUGCCUGCCCUCCAAACUCUUCAAAUAUAUGAUUGUCGUAGGCUGAAAGCAAUCCCGAAUUGGAUGCCCAAACUCACCUCUCUCAAGCAAUUCCACCAGAAAAAGACUGGCCUUACAUUCAACACAUCCUCAACAUUCAAUUUAUAAAUUGUUUUUAUUAAGAGAAUUCUGAUGAAGAUUAUUGGGAUGAAGAGUAUUCUGAUGAAGACAAUGAAUAACUCCAUAGCUCUCCUGGCCCAUCGUCAGGGAACACAAAACUCUGGUUUGGUAAAAAAGGAACUUUACUGUUGGAAUGGUGCAAGUUGAAAUUCUACGUAAAACGAAGUCUCAAUUCAUAGCUUUUGUCUCGGGUGAUACUCAUAGCUUUCUUUCUUUGCACAUACGCUCGUAUAUCUUGAUGUGCUAGAGUGCUGGGCAUCGACCUUGUUUUUUGGCAAACCAAAAAACAAGUGUAGAAGGCGGAAAAAUCUUGCAUGAGUUUCCUGCAAACUUUUCUUAAGUUUUCACUUUCCAUAUAUAAAUGAUUUCUAGAAGAAAUAAUGGAACAAAAACCCUUGUAUUUGUAUAUUUGAAGACACUUUUAUAGGUCGUAUUUAAGGUGUGACUAAAUUACCAGCAUUGUUUACCUUGAUUCUGUAUCAUACAUAUGAUCUUCAGAUCAGCAAAGGCCCUCUGAAGUACUAGUGUAUUCACUUUACUUUCCCUUACAUUAAGCAGAUUGAAAUGAAUGUUCACUCUAUAAGUUAUUAGAGCCCUUUCUCCCAUAGUCAUAUGGUUUUGGGAUGGUAUUUCCUUAGCUUAUAGAGUGUGUGCAGCUCGUGUUUCACCAUUUAUAUGCUGACAUUUUAACAUGUACAAGCAUAAAUUAAAAACAUAACAAUGAAUGAUAGUGUACUAUGUUCAUCACUCAUGGAUUUUUAUUCACAAGACUGAAAAAGUUGAUUCUGUAUCAAGUUUGCCAUGUUGAGAGAAAACUGUGAAGGGUCCCGAUCAAGGAGCUUGGCGCUAUAAUAUUGUCCUACCUUGAUGCCGUUUCAAGCACCUACACAGCUUCUCUAGAUUCAGAACAGCUUUGACUUGAAGAAACAAGGAGGUUUUCUUACUCAGUGCUGCUGUUUUCGAUCUCUUUGAUAGUUCGGUACCUGAAUAUUUGAUCUCACUGCCUUUCAUUAGUUUUUUCUUGCUCGUUAUGUUGAAGGAAAACCGUGGAAGGAACUUGAACAAGGAAUCGAAGACUACUGUAUGGUCCUACUUUGGAAGAACAUGAAUCCGGAGUCGACUUAUUCAACUGCGUACAUUUGAUACUCCACAUUGCAGCACACUUCACUUUCAUUACAUCAUCCAAGACAAUCAAGUAUUUCUUUCCCGAUAGCUGUUCACGAAGUUGGCUUUUCACUGAAUCCAUGGUGGAAUCAAUAUAAUUCUUGCCUAAAAUCUUGCCAAGAGUUUCUUUCACAUCCAGUUGUUUCUGAUCUUGAUCAGAAACACAGGUCCAUAACCUCAAUGGAAAUGCACUUAUGAUCCUUGAAUCAUUAAAUACAAGUUGGGCAAGAGCAGUUUUGCUUAAUCCACCAAUUCCUACAAUUGUAAGGAAAGUAACAUCAUGCUGAACAUUAGAAUCAAGCAACAUACAACAAUGCUUUCCAAUUCACCCUCCCUCCCAAUGAUAUCUCCUGCAUCCACUGAAGAACAUGUUUCGGUUUUUAUCUUCCUGAUAGGCUGAGGAUCAAGCUUAAAGUGAAAGUGACUACUACAAGCAAUAACAUCCAACUUCUUCUUGAUAUUCACAACCCCUUUAGACAUUCUAUAAGUAACAUGAUCAUGUUGUAGAUUAAAAUUCGAAAAGAAGUAGCGCACCUUUUCAGAGAGUCUAUGACAAGAUUUCAGGAGCUUCUUUUGCUUAGCAAGAGUCGAAAACUCGUCCAACAGAUCAUCAACUUCAAAAACAGCAUCCUUCAGCUCCUCAAUCAAAUUCUGUGCUUGAUUAGAAAGAUCCUGCUUGGCCUCGGCAUCACAGAGAACAUCAUUGAUGGUGAUGAUGGUGUUUUGUAGGUAUCAAGUUGGAUUUGUAGCUAGAAAUUGUGAGAAUUUCUUGCAAGUCUGAACAUUACACUGCUGCAAGCAGAGUUUGAUUAACAAUUAAUACUGUUCCCAAAUCCAUGUUCAGUUUCAAUGACAGAAAAUCUUGUACAAGGGUGUGAAA